AUGGCUAGGCAAUUCGAAAAACUGAUUUUACUUUUGGUGAUAAUAACAAUCCCUUCAUGCCUGUCAUUGAGCCUGAUAGAGGGUCAUUAUCAUACAUGGUGGGCUGUAGUGCAGUUACCACGUCAAGAUGUGCAAGAUAUGUUGCCGAAGAAUAUGCCAAAUCGGAAUUUCACACUGCAAAAACCCAAACUGAAGGGAUUGAAAGAUGCGAUGCAUCCUGUUGUAUUCGAGUUGGGCACGGAAAUUCACACAGGCCCUAUCUUUCCUGGGUUUCUCCAAAAAACAUUUACUGAAUUCAAAUUCGAAAUUCCAUGGGUAAAUCAAGCUGGAAAAUCGACUCCCACUGUAUACAAGUACGUUAUCUAUACAAACAGCUCCUUUGAAUCGUUUUCUACCAGAGAAUUUUACAACUUAAAUUCCGCUGCUAUCAGAAUGAACAUGAGUGCCAAUAGCUACUUUAUGCAAUACAAAGAUACUUCAUCCAAGCUACGUGCCGAAUUCCAAAAUCAGACUGCGAAGUUCAGCCCAGCUAGUAGCUAUAAAUAUUUUAGCGUUUAUCAACAAGUAAUGUCGCAAGAAUGGUUUGGCGAUGCCGACCCAAAGACUUAUACUUGUGCUAAUCACCACUACGAUUUUAGUACGACUAAAGUACGACCAGCAAAAAUGCAGUUAAUGGUUUCUAAUGGCCUUUUGCCUCCCAAAUUUCCUACCAAUAAAUUGAUUGCUACUCCAGGACUGAAUCAGCCUCUUGGAACUGCUGAAGUUUUCACCACUUUCAAAUUGACACUGCCUCAUAGCUGUUAA